AUGGGAAAGGCUUCACGGUGGUUCCGGAAUCUAUUCGGAAUCAAGAAACCCGACCCGACUUAUCCGGAUCCAUCGGCGGAGACGCCUUCAAGGUCAACUUCCUCUUAUCCAAAACGCAGAUGGAGCUUCGUCAAAUCCAAACGCGACAAAGAAACCUCACCGCCGAAUCAUCCUCCACCGUAUUCGACGCCUCCACCUCCGUCGCAUCACUACCAAUCGUCGCCGUCGUCUAACGGACGGCGAAGGAAACAGAAGCCGACGUGGGAAGACGAGGAAGAUUCUGUCAAACACGCACUCACAAGCACGAGCGGGAGGUCGACGAGAAGUCCCGUCACGGCGCAUUUUAGCAACGGAUUCGACGACGUGGCGGCGCUUGUUAGCAGGUUCGACGGACACCACCACGGUGGUCGCCACGGACGUGAAGAAUUUGCGGCGAUUAAGAUACAAUCUACAUUUCGCGGAUAUUUGGCAAGGAGAGCGUUAAGGGCACUCAAGGGCUUGGUUAGGCUUCAAGCGAUAGUUAGAGGCCACAUCGAACGAAAGAGGCUGUCGGUCCAUUUGCGCAGGAUGCACGCUUUGGUUAGAGCUCAGGCUCGUGUCCGUGCCAAUCGGGUUAUUGUCACGCCUGAAUCCUCUUCCUCUCAAUCCAACAACACAAAAUCUUCUCACUUCCAAAACCCCGGCCCACCAACGCCGGAAAAACUCGAGCAUUCCAUCUCUUCUCGCAGCUCCAAGCUCGCUCAUUCUCAUCUCUUUAAGAGGAACGGUUCUAAGGCAAGUGACAACAACAGACCGUACACUCACAGAGAGACAUUCUCAGCCACGGGCGAAGAAGAAAAGACCCUUCAAAUCGACAGGAAACACAAUAAUUCUUACACACGACGCAGACCAGACAUGUUCUACUCAUCCCACCUCGUCCUAGAGAACAGAGGCCUGUCUGAACCAGUUUACGCCAUGCCUUUUAGCUCGUCGUCGUCACAUGAAGAGACCGGAAGCCAGUUCUGCACUGCUGAGAACAGUCCUCAGUUAUACUCCGCGACAAGCAAACGCAGUGCUUUCACGGCUAGUUCUAUUGCGCCGACCGAUUGUACCAAAAGCUGCUGUUACGGGGACCAUCCAAGCUACAUGGCUUGUACAGAGUCCUCUAGGGCUAAGGCACGGUCCGCUAGUGCUCCGAAGUCGCGACCGCAGUUAUACUACGAGCGGUCUUCGUCCAAACGGUUUGGAUUUGUCGAUGUGCCAUACUGUGGUGAUACGAAGUCAGGUCCCCAGAAAGGCUCUGCUCUGCACACAAGCUUUAUGAACAAGGCUUAUCCCGGUUCAGGUCGGUUGGACCGGCUCGGGAUGCCAAUUGGGUAUAGGUACUGA